CUCCAGGUGAACGGCGCCUUCUCAACCUCCAGAGCCCCAAACUAAGACGGAAACCAUGCUUUUAAUGACUCAAUAAACCUCAGUAGUGUCAAAAUGAAACGUGGAAGGUCUGCUCUCAACUCCAAAUGCCCCAUCUUCCCCUACCAUGAGAAACCAGGAAAAAGACACAAGCCCAGCUUUGCGCUGUCUCCACCCACGGACUGGGGCAACCUGCCCUACCACAUUGUUCUGCAGAUCUUCCAGCACUUGUCCCUGGUGGACCGGGCUCGAGCCUCAUCCGUGUGCCGGUGCUGGAACGACGUGUUUCACAUGCCCGACCUGUGGCGACGGUUCGAGUUUGAGCUCAAUCAGCCAGCCACGUCUUACUUGCGCUCCACUCACCCCGACCUCAUUCAGCAGAUCAUCAAGAAGCACGCCCAACACCUGCAGUAUGUUAGCUUCAAAGUGGACAGUAGCAGAGAGUCUGCAGAGGCAGCCUGCGACAUUCUCUCUCAGUUGGUGAACUGCACCAUCAAAACCUUAGGGUUGAUUUCCACAGCGCGGUCCAGCUUCAUGGAUGUGUCUCAGGCCCACUUUGUCUCUGCUCUGACAGUCGUGUUUGUGAACUCCAAGUCCCUGUCAUCCAUCAAGAUCGAUGACACCCCGGUGGAUGAUCCAUCUCUGAAGGUGUUGGUGGCCAACAACAGUGACACCCUGAAGCUUCUGAAGAUGAGCAGCUGUCCUCAUGUCUCCCCAGCAGGUAUUUUGUGUGUGGCAGAUCAGUGCCACGGCCUCCGGGAACUGGCGCUAAACUACCAUCUCCUUAGUGAUGAGCUCCUGCUUGCUUUGUCCUCUGAAAAGCACGUCCACUUGGAGCAUCUCCGCAUCGACGUGGUAAGCGAAAACCCUGGCCAGACUCACUUUCACACCAUCAAGAGAAGCAGCUGGGAGGCCCUGCUCCGUCACUCCCCCAAGGUCAACAUUGUCAUGUACUUUUUCCUCUACGAAGAGGAGUUUGAUCCCUUCUUCUGCGAGGAGACCCCGGUCACCCACCUGUACUUUGGCCGGGCGGUGAGUAAAGAGAUGCUGGGCCGCAUCGGGCUGAACUGCCCCCGGCUGGUGGAGCUGGUGGUGUGUGCCAACGGCCUCAAUCCACUGGACGAGGAGCUGAUCCGCAUCGCAAAGCGCUGUAAAAGCCUGACAGCCAUCGGGCUGGGCGAGUGCGAGGUGACCUGCAGCGGCUUUGUGGAGUUUGUGAAGAUGUGCGGGGGCAGACUGACGCAGCUGUCGAUCAUGGAGGACGUGUUGAUUCCAGAUAACAGCUACAACAUGGAGCAGCUCCACAGUGAGGUGUCGAAGCACCUGGGCCGCCUGUGGUUCCCUGAUAUGAUGCCCACCUGGUAAAGUUAUAGUAAAUGGACAACAGCCAGUGACAGACAGUAUAACCGAUCUGGACAUCGAAUAAGGAACCUUUUAGGCCUUAUUCAAACAAAAAUUGGUUUUCCAAAGCUACGAUGCUAUUUUACUUUUUGAAAAGUUACUUUAAAACACCAAAUAAUUUCUGGAAAUAUUGUCAUUCUUUAUCUAUUUCAGUUUUAUUUAAGCAGAGACCUAAACAGAGGAAUGCAACAUAAAAAAAGUAAUGUUACAAAAGCUCUGGUUCUGUCUAUUACCCAUGUAGCCAAAGGUUAAUUUACAGACCCUGCUCUGAUUAGGCAUUAUAAGCCAAACUUUAAUAACUAAUAUCACCAAGAAAUCUGUAAAAUACUCACAACAUGUUAAAUGUGGUUGUUUUGUGACUGGCUCUUAUUUCUUGGCUUAUCCUGAAUCAAAACUCAUGCUACCUGAGUUUUUACUUGAGGGAGAAAUACCGGGGGAAUGUGAUAUCAAGUAUCA